AUGGCUAUGCAAAUUGCCACUAAGGCCAAUCCCUGGGAUGGGAAGUCCCUGAAGCCUGACAGUCUCCGGUCCCAGCUGGAGACAUCACUGAAGCGAUUGCAAUGCUCCCAGGUGGACCUCUUCUACCUGCAUGCGCCUGACCAUGGCACUCCAGUGGAAGAAACGCUACGUGCCUGCCACCAGCUUCACCAGGAGGGCAAGUUUGUGGAGCUUGGCCUCUCCAACUAUGCAGCCUGGGAGGUGGCCGAGAUCUGUACCCUCUGCAAGAGCAACGGCUGGAUCCUUCCCACUGUGUACCAGGGCAUGUACAACGCCACCACCCGGCAGGUGGAAACGGAGCUCUUCCCCUGCCUCAGGCACUUUGGACUGAGAUUCUACGCCUACAACCCUUUGGCAGGGGGCCUGCUGACCGGCAAGUACAAGUAUGAGGACAAGGACGGGAAACAGCCUGUGGGCCGCUUCUUUGGAAAUAGCUGGUCUGAGAUCUACAGGGAUCGCUUCUGGAAGGAGCACCACUUCAAGGCCAUUGCCCUGGUGGAGAAGGCUCUGCAGGCUGCAUAUGGCAGCAGUGCCCCCAGCAUGACUUCAGCUGCCUUGCAAUGGAUGUACCACCACUCACAGCUCCAGGGUGCGCACAGGGAUGCGGUCAUCCUGGGCAUGUCCAGCCUGGAGCAGCUGGAACAGAACCUGGCAGCCACCAAGCAAGGGCCCCUGGAGCCAGCUGUUGUGCAGGCCUUUGAUCAAGCCUGGCACCUGGUUGCCCAUGAAUGUCCCAACUACUUCCGUUAG